AUGCUUAGAUCCAAGAUUUUCACCAGAGCACCAGUUGCCAGAUCAAUGGCUCCUGCCAUGAUCAGAUUGUACUCGAACUUGCCAUUGACAGUGCCAAUCACCUUGCCUAACGGUACCACCUACGAUCAACCAACUGGUUUGUUCAUCAACAACGAGUUUGUGUUGCCAAAGCAGAAGAAGACCUUUGAGGUUAUCUCUCCAUCCACUGAGGAGGAGAUUACCCACGUCUACGAAGCCAGAGAGGAGGAUGUCGACACUGCCGUCCAGGCUGCUCAGGCUGCUUUCGAUGGUGGCUGGCAGACUGCUGACCCAGCCGUCAGAGUGGCUGCUUUGAAUAAGUUGGCUGACUUGGUCGAGGCUAACGCUGAAACCUUUGCCCACAUUGAGGCUUUGGACAACGGUAAGUCCUUGCAAAACUCCAGAGGUGAUGUUGCUCUCUCUGUUGCAUGCUUCAGAAACGCCGCUGGUUGGGCUGACAAGAUCAUGGGCUCAGUCAUUGAGACUGGAGAUUCUCACUUCUCUUUCACCAGAAGAGAGCCUUUGGGUGUUUGUGGACAGAUCAUCCCAUGGAACUUCCCAUUGUUGAUGUUCACUUGGAAGGUUGGUCCUGCUAUUGCUACCAACAACACCAUUGUUUUGAAGACCUCUGAGACCACCCCAUUGUCUGCUUUGUUCCUUUGUAAGUUGAUCCAGGAGAACAACGCUCUCCCACCAGGAGUGUUGAACGUCAUUAACGGUUUCGGUAAGAUCACUGGUAACGCCAUCACUGAGCACCCAAGCAUCAAGAAGGUUGCCUUCACUGGUUCCACUGCCACUGGUAAGCACAUUAUGUCUAAGUGUGCUGGUACUUUGAAGAAGGUCACUUUGGAAUUGGGUGGAAAGUCUCCACACAUUAUUUUCAACGAUGCUAACCUCGAUGUUGCUGUCCAGAACGUUAUCACCGGUAUCUUCUACAACUCUGGUGAGGUCUGCUGCGCUGGUUCCCGUUUGUACGUCCAAGAGGAGAUCUACGAUGACUUUGUUGCCAAGUUUGUUUCUGCUGCUGGCCAGGUUAAGGUUGGUAACCCAUUCGAGGAGGACACUAUGCAAGGUGCUCAAAACUCUUGGAACCAGAUGUCUAAGAUUUUGGACUUCAUUGAGUCUGGUAAGAAGGAGGGUGCUACUUUGUUGACUGGUGGUGAGAGACCAGAUGGUAAGGGUUUCUUCAUCAAGCCAACUGUGUUUGGUGAUGUUACUGAGGAUAUGAGAAUUGUCAAGGAGGAGAUCUUCGGUCCAGUCAUUACAGUUCACAAGUUCAAGACUGUUGACGAUGCUGUCAAGUUGGCUAACGACUCCCAGUACGGUUUGGCUGCUGGUAUCCAAUCUUCUAACGUGAACACCUGUAUUGAUGUUUCCAGAAGACUCAAGGCUGGUACCAUUUGGGUCAACACUUACAACGACUUCCACGCACAGGUUCCAUUCGGAGGUUUCGGUGCUUCCGGUAUGGGCAGAGAGAUGGGUAAGGAGGUUUUGGACAACUACACCCAGACCAAGGCUGUCAGAAUGGCCAUUCUCAAGUAA